AUGGCCGCUUUCCUCGUGCUCAGUAUUGUUUUGGGCUGGGCCCUGGCCCAGGAAGAACGUUGCAUCUCUUCCCAGUUUAGAAAACCUGGAGACUAUGUGCUGGGCGGAUUGUUCCCUUUACGAGUCCUCACCUCCAGUCCGAUGGACCGAACGCUGCCGGAUAUGUACAUGUGUGAGAGGAUUUAUACCGCAGGUCUCAUCUGGGCUCUGGGGAUGACAUUUGCCGUGGAGGAAAUCAACAAUUCCACCACGCUGCUGCCAGGGAUCAAGCUGGGCUACGACAUCUACGAUGAUUGCAUGGAGUCGAUCAUAGCCCUCCAGUCCAGCCUCCUGUUCCUCACCAAGGCGGGCAGCAAUAGCGUCGGGGUCCUCUGCAACUAUACCGACUACCACCCCCGGGUGUUGGCAGUCAUAGGGCCACAUAGCUCAGAACUCUGCACCGUCACCGCUAAGCUCUUCAGCUUCUUCCUGAUGCCACAGGUCAGCUACGGUGCCACAACGGAGAAACUGAACGACGAGGAAAUGUACCCCUCUUUCCUCCGCACUGUGCCCAGCGACAAGAUCCAGCUGGAUGCCAUCAUGGAACUCCUGCUCUCUUUCAAGUGGAACUGGAUCGCCGUCAUCGGCAGCGACAACGAAUACGGCCGAGAAGGCCUCAGCCUCCUGUCUUCCAUGGCGGUCAGCAAAAACAUCUGCAUCGCCUACGAGGGGCUGAUCCCGGCAGACGUCUCGAGCCCCGAUCUCGAGAAGACGUUGGAGUCAACCGUCCAGUCGAUCAACAAGACCAACGUCAACGUCAUUGUCCUGUUUUCCAGCGACCGGCCAGUUCGGGCUCUCUUCAAAGAGUGCCUCAGACUCGGGCUGGGCAAGAAGGUGUGGCUGGCUACCGAAGCCUGGGUGAUGUCUGAAGUGGUCACCUACCUCAAGCAAGUAGACUCUAUCGGGACGGUCAUCGGUUUCAUCAUCAAGGGCGGGAACGUCUCCGGCUUCCACGAGUAUGUCGACAGACUCUUUCAGCUGAGCCAACAGAACAGUUUCUGUGAGGCUUCCCAGAAGGAAGACGAUGGGGUGGGCUCUGAUGUUCUGGGGCCUCAGUGCCCACAGUGUGACCAGAUUUCCCUAGGGAACAUCAGCAGUGUGGUGGAGCACCGCCAGACUUUUGCUGUGUACAUGGCUAUCUACAGCGUGGCCCAUGCACUCCACAACGUGCUGGGUUGUGAAAGCGGGCGGUGUAAGAAGAGUACUGUCAAGCCCUGGCAGCUGCUGGAAGAAAUGAAGUCCCUCAAUUUCAGCAUCAAAAACCAUGCGUUCCAUUUUGACCAAUACCGCAGUAUCAACAAGGGCUACGAGGUCAUCAGGUGGAGCUGGAAGGACGGCCAGAUCCAGUACACCUCCCUUGGCGAGUUCAACGGGAGCCUGAGCAUCAGCAAAUCCAAGGUCCACUUUCAUACCAAAAACCAAAAGGAGCCAGUGUCCCAGUGCCUUACAACGUGCCAACCUGGGCAGAUUCGCCGGAUGAAAGGUUUUCACCUGUGCUGUUACGACUGCAUUGACUGCGAGGAGGGGACAUUCUGCAGCAGUGCAGAGGACUCGGCCUGCACUCCCUGUCUGGAGCACCAGUGGUCUCCCAAGCGCAGCACGCAGUGUUACGACCGCAGCGAGAAGUACCUCUUCUGGUUCGAUCCCGUGUCCCUGGUGUUGCUGGGCUCGUUGCUCUUAGCCUUAGCUCUCACCUGCCUGACGGGGGCGCUGUUCCUGAAGCACCUCCACACCCCCGCAGUGCAAGCCUCCGGGGGUGCCAUGAGCCUCUUGGCCCUCUUCUCCCUCGCGGUGAUGUGCGCUGGCACCAGCCUUCACGUCGGGAAGCCCCGCCCCACUGUCUGCAAGCUCCAGCAGCCCUUCUUUGCCCUCUGUCUCAACGUCUGCUUCUCCGUCAUCCUGGCAAAAGCCUUCCAGAUCGUCCUGGCGCACGACUUCGCCUGCAGCCGGUGCACCAUCGCGCACACCCUCAUCCAGAAGCAUCCCUGGUCCGUUGUGGCCUCCUGCCUCCUGGUGGAAAGCCUCUUUUGCUUCUGGUUCAUCUACGACGUCCCGCCGGUCAUAGUCAUGAACUAUGCUCUCUUGCCGACCCAAGUCCUUGUCCAGUGCAAGAUCCAGUCUUGGCCCGCCUUUGCCCUGAUCCAUGGGGCCAACGGCGUCCAGGCCUUCACCUCUUUCCUCUGCACCUUCAUGGUCCAGAUGCCAGCCAAGAAGUACAACGUCGCGCGGGGCAUCACCUUCGCCAUGAUCACGUACUUCAUCGCCGUGAUCUUCUUCAUCCCCACCUAUGCCUCCGCAAAGCUAGAGUACCGGCCCGCCGUGCAGAUGGCCGCCAUUUUGCUGUGCGCUUCGGGACUGUUGGCGUGCCUCUUCCUGCCCAAGUGCUACAUCAUCUGGUUUAAGCCAGACUGGAACACGACAGACUAUUUCCAAGACUACACUCGAGAGAGGCUGCAGGAGAAAGACUCUCAGGAUUGA